AUUAAAUUGCUGACAUGGCCUCUUAUGUGUCAUUUUAAUGGGACACGGUGGACAAGCCUGACCCAAGCCAUUAGCCACGGUGGAUAGGAGUUAAAAAUGAGGGCAAAUAUUUCAACUAUUGUAACGAUAAGGGUAUAAGUGGGCUGCUAGUAUAACGGGGGUAAAUAUGAACCUUUUCCCAAAGUAGAGGGGUAAAUAAGGCCCUUUUCCCUUUGAAAAAUAAGCAGAAAAAAAAACUCAUGUUCAAAUGGGCCUUUUCUUCCUUUUGUGUGUAUAUAUUGUGUGUCUAUAAAUAUAUGACCAUUAUGCAUAUAAAAUAUGGGAGGCAAAUCAACAAGCUGAUCAUUGCAUAUAGAGCUAAUUAAUUAGGAAUUGAAGUAGUGUUAUCUGUUCAAUUAAUCAUGGCUUUUGCAUUAUUAUCAUCACCGUCACUUGUUUCCGUUUGUGACAAAUCUUUCAUUAAAGCUUCCUCCCACCCUCCUACUCUUAGAUACCACAAUCUAUCUUUCAUCGAUCAGUCCCUCAGUAAUAUGUAUAUUCCUUUGGCCUUUUUUUACCCUAAAGUACAGCAAAGAGAAGAGUCAAAAGAAUCUCAUGAACUUUCCCAUAUAGCUGAUCACUUGUUGCAAAGAUCUCUAUCUCAAACUCUAGUCUCCUACUAUCCUUACGCAGGAAAAUUAAGAGAUAAUGCUAUUGUUGAUUGAGAGUUUUUGAGUGUUCGAAUAAAAUGUCUCAUGUCUGAAAUCCUUAAUCAUCCUCAUGCAGCUCAUGCAGAGAGUAUAGUUUUUCCCAAGGACUUGCCUUGGGCGAAUAAUUAUGAAGGUGGCAAUUUACUUGUGGUGCAAGUAAGUAAGUUUGAUUGUGGGGGAAUAGCCGUCAGUGUAUGCUUAUCGCACAAGACUGGUGAUGGAUGCUCUGUGUUUAAUUUCCUUAAUGAUUGGGCAAGGGUCACUCGUGAUCAUACAACGACAACUCUAUUUCCUUCUCCUAGAUUUGUAGGAGAUUCUAUCUUCUCUCCACAUAACUAUGGGCCUCUAAUUGAUCCACAAAUUGUGUUUGAUGUCACUGAGUGCGUACAGAAAAGAUUAAUUUUUCCUACCACCAAGUUAGAAGCCCUUCGAGCCAAGGUAGCAGCAGAUUCAGGAGUAGAAAAACCAACACGGGCAGAAAUUGUGAGUGCCCUUCUUUUCAAAUGUGCAAUAAAGGCAGAAUCAAGUACUUCAAUGGGCCCAUCAAAGUUGGUUCACUUCUUAAACAUACGUACUAUGAUCAAACCUCGUCUUCCGCGAAGUGCCAUUGGAAAUCUCUUGUCAGUUUUCUCCACAACAGCAACUAACAAAAAAGACAUUGAGUUGCCAAUGUUGGUUCAUAAUUUAAGGAAGGAUGUUGAGUUUGCAUAUAAGAAAGACCAAAUCAGUCAAAAUGAGCUUAUCUUAGAAAUAGUAGAAUCCAUGAGAAAAGGAAAAAUACUCUUUGAAAAUAAAGAUGGAAAUUGUACUAUAUAUAUUUGCAGCAACCUUUGCAAAUUCCCGCUAUACAGUGUAGACUUUGGAUGGGGGAGACCUGAAAGAGUGAGUUUACCAAAUGGUCCCUGCAAGAAUAUGUUUUACUUGAAAGAUUACCAAAUUGGGAAAGGCGUGGAGGCGCGGGUGAUGUUGCAGAAACAACAAAUGUCUAAAUUUGAGUGCGAUGAGGAACUCCUUGAGUUUAUUUCCUAAUUAAAAUCCAAGUUUUUAGGAGUGAAUCAUUGUGAAUGGUAGGGGUGUGCAAAAACCGGUUUAGCCGAUAAACCGAACCAGUAAACACGCUAUUGGUUUAUCGAUAUCGGGUUACUCGGUUAACGGUUUGAAACCGGUUUUGUAAAAAAAAUUAUUGGGUUAUCGGUUCGGUUGCCGGUUUUAAGGAUUUAGUUAAUGGUUAAACCGAUAACCCAAUAAGCUUAUAUUAAAAUUACCUUUUUAUCCCUAAUUAUAUAUUAGUGGCUUUAAAUUUUAAAUAUAAA